AUGCCCGCCCGGUUCGCCGCGAAGCCACUGGAACUGUACGCUCGGGACGGCGUCGCGAGCGCGGCGCGCUUCGUCACCGACGACGAGACGCUCGACGGGGCGCGAUUCGUCGAACGCGUCAUCGCGCUCUCGCGAGUGAUUCGCGCGACGUUGCGGGCGCGUCGAGGGUCGAACGUCGUGUGCGUCGCGUGCGAGACGUCGGCGUCGGCGUUGGCGUGUUAUCUCGCGAUCGACGUCGCGGGAGGGGUCGCCGUGGGGUUGAAUUCGCGAUGGACGGCGACGGAGGCGACGGAGGCGGCGGGACGGUGCGACGCGGCGUGCGCGAUGGUGGACGCGAAACACUUCGAGAUGUGGGGAAGAGACGCGUUCGAUGGGUGUGCGAACAUCAUUGACGUCGAUGAUGCGGUGGAAAGAACGUCGGAGGUUGGAAGCGAGGAGAUGGAGAAGGCGCGCGAAGACGGAGCGUGCGCGUAUUGCUUCACGAGCGGGACCACGGGCGCGGCCAAGGCGGCGGUGCUCACGCACGAGGGCGUGCUCGCGGCGACGAGGGCGAAGAUUGAGGUCGUCGGGUACGAGCGCUCGGACGUGUACAUGCACUGCGCGCCUUUGUAUCACGUCGGCGGACUCUCGAGCGCGCACGCAUCGAUGUCGGCGGGAGCGAGUCAUGUGUUCAUGCGUAGUUUUGACGCUGAGCGCGCGUUGGGCGCGAUCGAGCGGUCGGGCGUCACCGCAUUUAUCGCGGUUCCAACGAUGAUGGCGAUGCUCGUCGACGCGGCGGGCGAGCGGGUGUUUGAUUCGGUGCGGAAAAUUCUCGUGGGAGCGGGCAGACUGCUUCGAGGUCAGUACGAGGCAAUUCGUCGCGUCUUUCCGAACGCCAAGGUCACCAUGGCGUACGGGAUGUCUGAGACGACAUCAAGCGUGACGUUUCUCGAUCCCGAGGAUGGACGUCUCGUGGAAGACCCAACGUUUGCCGGGCAAGCGGUGCGGGACGUGGAGGUGCGCGCGGACGCCAACGGAGAACUCCACGUGCGCGGACCGAUAGUGAUGCUCGGCUACCACGGCGUCGACAAAUCAACGACUUUCGACGCAGACGGGUGGUUCGCGACGGGAGAUCUCGGCAGAGUCGCCCCCGCGGAGACCUCCAGCGCGUGUACCGGUCCCAGAGUUUGGCUUUACGGGCGCGCUAAGGCCGUGAUCAAGACCGGCGGGGAGAACGUCUCCCCUGAGGAAGUCGAGGGAGUGAUCAACGCGCACGAGGACGUGCACACGUCUGUGGUCGUCGGUGCUCCACACGAAAAAUGGGGAGAGACCGUCGUGGCGAUCGUGAAACUUCGCCAAGGUACGAGUUUGUCUGUAGACGAGGCGCGACCGACCGUACUCGAGUGGUGCCGCGACUCGCGACUCGCACGAUUCAAGAUUCCCAAGUACAUCUUGUUCACGAACGAAAUUCCCAUAAACAUGAUGGGAAAAUUCUCGAGGGCUGAUGUAUACGACGCGCAUAGGGUAGAAAUCGAGAACGAGAUAGCCUCGACGCGUCCGGUUAAUUAG